AUGUUUAGACUUUAUUUAUUGUUUCAUCUCUUAUAUUUAAUUUAUUGCGUCGAUAUAAAGAAUUUUGUUCCAUUCGGCAUUGAACAUAAUGAUAAAAGUUUAGAAAAUGAUCUCAAUUACGUCACUGAGUCAAUCUCUUUAUCUGUUCGGUAUUCAUUCUUCAACAAAUUUUAUGAUGAACUUCGUAUCUCAAGUCAUGGUUUAAUUAUGUUUGGAAAUGAAACAUGUUCGUUGUCAUACAAAUCAUCAGAUCCAUUUCCAUUUCAAGAUUUAGUUUGUGUGGCUCCGUUUUGGAUCAACACAAAUUUUACACAUGAGACAUUAAAGAACAUUUUCUACCGAGAAAUUCUUUUAAAAACCGAACCCCAGACUCUUUAUCAAAUAACAAAAAUUCUUCGAACUGGCUUUCCUAAGUUAGCUGCUCAACGAAUGUUGUGGGCGUUUGUUGUCACUUGGUACGAUCUCCCUGAUAUAAAAAACGAAAUCAAUAGAAAUACAUACCAAGCUAUCUUAACAACCAACGGAUUUUAUUCAUUUACAUUAUUUACUUAUCAUCAAUUAGAAUGGUCACAAGAUUCAACUGGUAAUCACGCUCGAAUUGGAUUCAAUGCGGGUGAUAAUGUUAAUUAUUAUCAAUUAAAAAAAUCACUUUCACCACAAAUUCUUAGUAUUGUUAAUGAUUCCAACAUUGGCAUUCCAGGUCAAUUCAUUUUCCAUACGACCGGACAUGUCAAUGAUAUUCAAUGUGAAACAUCAACUGGUUUACAAGUUUCUCCAUUUCGUGGUUCGAUCUAUGGUGGAUAUGAGUUUCGUUUACAUGGAAUUUGUUUUAAUCGAUCGACAUAUGAAAUUCGGGUUGAUAAUCAUGUCGUAGAUGAUUGUCGCGUAUUAAAUUCACUUUAUAUUGUUUGUACAAUGCCAAUGUUAAUGGAUAGUGGAAAAAUCAAAAUAGAAUUAUUUGAUAAUGAAGAGAACAAACUUGUUGAUACGACGACUUUUCUUGCUCAUGUUCCUGAAGAUCAUGGUGAAUUAAUUUUGAAGAAUUAUAUCAAUUUAACACAUCAAAUAGCUGAUCCGAAUAACGAAGAGUUAAUUCUGGAAUUUCAAUCGAAUGAAAUUACGAAAAAGUAUCUUUUUAAAAUUGUUAUUUAUGAUUAUGCCACGCAAUUCUCGUCGAACAAUCAAACACUUUACAAUCGUACUCGGCAAAAGAUUGACUUAGGUUUAGGUUACCUUAAUCUUUCAUCGAUAGGAAAUCUAACGGUUCGUUACGAUAGUCUUUUCUCAGUCAACACUGAUCCAAACGAUCGUGUUCAUGCUCUACAAAUUUCCUUCGAAAUGAAACAUAAACCCGGUUGGCUUCGUUCAGCUCUGUUCGUCGGUGCGAAAAUCUUCACUGCUGCCACGUCAUUGAAUGCAGCAUAUUGUCCAGCUUGGUUAUUACUUCAAACAGAUCCUCGGCAAUAUCUCGAACAAGUUCCUGUUUGUGCUUGUCAGAUGCCAACACAACCUUGGCCAGAAGAAUUUCACGGAUUUCGAAUCGAUGAAGGAUGUGACGCAAGAAAACCAAUCGAAAAAACCUGUACAUACCAUCGAAAAGCACGAGGUUGUUAUCGGAAAAAAUCGGACACGACUUGGGCUGGUGCACAAUGUUGUUACGAUGAACAUGGAAAGUUUAUUGAACAAGGAAAUGAAGGCGCUGGAACGUUAGAUGUUGUCUCACCGGACGCCAACAGUUGGUUGGAGAAAAGUCUAAGUAUGUUCGGACAUUUCUUUUCCGAUUUUCUUUCUUAUUGGUCGUGUUGUCGAAGUCUGUUGAUUAGUGAAGAAAUGUGUAAAGAGUAUUAUAAAUAUCGACCUGCAGGACGAUGCGAAGAUUUCGAAUCGGAAUCGAUCGAGAAACAUGGAGAUCCGUAUUUUGCAACUUUGAAUGGAGGCGUUUAUGCCUUUCGAGGACAAGGUGAAUUUACUUUAUUAGCUUUACCAGAUUUUAAUGGACAAGAAAUCCAAAUCCGUCUUUCAUCGAAUGAAAAUGAUGGAAAUGUUGGAAUUGAAGCCUUUGUUAUUGGAUUUUUACACGGAAAACGACGUGUUCAAUUUGAAUUAUUCUCAAAAUAUCAAUCUUGUGAGAUUCGAAUCGAUACCAAAUUGAUCGAAGUACCUCACGAAGAAUUUGCCGUAGCAGUGUUGAUCUAUGAAGAUGAGUUUAUCAAAAUUAAACGGAAAGCAAAUGGAGCAUUUAAAAUCUCUUUUCCAACAACUCAUUUUCGACUUCGUGUAACCAUUCGUCCAACAUUCGACUUUUUUGAUCUAGAAACAUUAGUUCGACGAGAGAAAUUCAACAAAUUAUCUACUCCAUCCUAUGGUCUCUUAGGUGAUGUCAAUGGUUUAACAUUUCCAAAUGGUACAAGAAUAUCAAUUCAUGAAAGUGAUGAACAAACGUUAUUUGAAUAUGGACAAUCGUGGCGUGUUUCAAGAAAUUCAUCUUUAUUUCAUUAUUCGUUUGACGAUAUGUUCGAUUCUACGAUUAAGAACGAACUGAAUUCGUCUGAAGAAAUGAAAUCUGCUGAGCAAAAUUGUCAUAAUGGUGGAACAGAGAAUGAAUAUUGUACAAAAGAUAUGUUAUCGAAUGAAGAAGAUAAUUUACAUCAUUGGGAAUCAGUUAAAGUUGUUAUUGAUGAAAAUGUUUUAUUACAAACAACAUCUGGCAGUGUGUCGACUGGGAAAUGUAUCUCUUCAAAUUUUCUACUUUUACUUUUACUAAAAAAUGUUUUUUUCUGA